UACUCCAGCGAUUCUUCACCAAACAUUCUGUGCUGGGCAUACUUUAUACUCUCGAUCUACAAAGUACAUCGACAAACUGACCUAAGAGCAACUAAAAUUUCAAUCUGAACGUCAACGAAAGUAACUGUCAUCCCGUGGAAACGUUGGACUUGGCGUUCUACCUCUGGUCAUCUAAAGUGUAUGGACUUCCUGCCAUUGGCUGCAUUGCCGUUGUUUCCACGUGAGCAGGACGACAUGAGUCGAAAGAGGGACAAGCUGUUGGACGGACUGGAACAGAGCUUAUACACUCUAACCAAGGAGAACUUAUGUUACCUGUGUGUUCGUUGUGGAAUAGGCGCCAGGGAUGGUUUCAAAGGUAAAGGAAACAGUGAACGCACACUGCGGCGUCAAAUCAUGGAGGAAAUCUGGGAAAAUGAGGAUUCAAAGUCUUGGUUACUCCAACUGAAAGAGGACAUCCGAGGGAUACAGGAGGAUGCUAGGGGUGUAGCCAUGAGCUCCAGUGCAUCAAGCAGCGUGGCCUCGAGUCCCAGCCAGUCUGACGGCGACGAGGACGCUGCAGCCUGCCAUGAAGCCGGUAAGCCUCGACAGUUGGAAGGGACUCGGCGAACACACACUGGAGAGAAGCCUUACAGCUGUAGUCGGUGUGGGAAGACAUUCACUCAGUCAGGAAGCCUGGCAACUCAUCUGAGAACACACACUGGAGAGAGGCCUCAUAGCUGUGAUGUAUGUGGGAGGGCUUUUAACGUAGCCUUCAAUCUGAUCCGACACCGGCGAACACACACUGGAGAGAAACCCUACAGCUGUGAGGAGUGUGGGAAGAGCUUUGCUCAGUCAGGUCUACUGGUCAGCCACCGUCGUUCGCACACAGGAGAGAAACCCUACGUCUGUGAUCAGUGUUUGCAGAGCUUUGUCAAUCCGGGAUCCCUGGCAAAGCACAAGCGAAAACAACAUGCAGGAGAGAAGCCUUACAGCUGUGCGGAUUGUGGGAAGAGUUUCUUUGAAUCACACACCCUGGCUAACCAUCGGAGGACACACACAGGAGAGAAGCCUUAUAGCUGUGAUCUAUGUGGGAAAAGUUUCGCUCUGUCAGGAACCCUGAUUAAACACAAGCUGACUCAUACAGGAGAGAAACCGUACUGUUGUGACCAGUGUGGGAAGAGCUUCCGUGAAUCAGGAAGGUUGAAAGUUCACCAGAGGAUGCACACUGGAGAGAAACCUUAUGGCUGUGAUCAGUGUGGGAAGAAAUUUGGUCAUUCGCAACACCUGAAAGACCACCUGCGAACGCACACAGGAGAGAAGCCAUUUAGCUGUGAUGAGUGUGACAGGAAAUUCAAUCAACCACAACACCUGAAAUCUCACAUGAGAACACACACUGGAGAGAAGCCAUUUGUCUGUGAUCAGUGUGAGAAGCGAUUUGCUUAUUCACAACAACUCAAAGCACACCUGCGAAUGCACACUGGAGAGAAACCUCAUAUCUGUGAUCAGUGUGAGAAGAAAUUUUCUCAUUCACAACACCUGAAAGAUCACAUGCGAACACACACAGGAGAGAAGCCAUACAUCUGUGGUGAGUGUGGGAAGAGCUUUGCUAGAUCAGGAACAUUGAAAGUGCACCAGAAAUCACACGCAGCAGGUGAAGUGUGUCCAGAUCUGCCUCCCAAGCAGCAGUUCCAGAACUCUCAAUUAAAUCUGAAUAGCCGGUGCCCAGAGUAACAGAACCCUCGAUAAACUCUGAACAGCCCAAAGUUCUAGAUCCAUCUCCCUCCCUGGUAUCAGUUCCAGAACCCUCUAUAAACUCCUAUAGCACUAGGCAAUAAUGACACCUAUCUGUUAUACAGUACCAGUCAAAAGUUUGGACACACCUACUCAUUCAAGGGUUUUUCUUUAUUUU